AUGGGUUCUGGAUCUCCCCCAAGCUCGAAGCCAUCGGCCAUUCCGUCCCACAUGCUGAACGGAAGCUCCCCUCUUCAACGCUCCUCCACGGACAGUCGUGAUGCCCGUGAGCGUGAGAGUCUCAAUUCGUCCAUUCGCACCUCCUUUGAGCCCCGGAUCCCUUUCCAGUUCGACACUGAGUCCGAGUCCACUGGAACUGGAGCCGACCCCACCGAGUCCACCUCCACUGUAUCCGUGCCUAUUCGCAGUGUCGCGCCAGUGCGCCCGACCCUGAAUGACCCUGCUCGCGACCCCCGGGAUGAAGCCGGUCCAUUGACCCCUCCCGCCACCGUCAGCCGCCCCGCUAGUCCUUACACAUUGAACCCCCCCAUCGACUUCGAUGGCCUCAGCUGGCCUUGCCCCGGAACCAGACAGCGGAAAGAGUCGACCCCCGAGGAGACCGAAGAACGACUUGACAAGCUCUCUGGAGCUAUUCGGACGAUUCUCGAGUGUAUUGGAGAGGAUCCAGAGCGGGAGGGUCUUCGGGAGACCCCCAUGAGAUAUGCCAAGGCCAUGCUCUACUUCACCAAGGGUUACGAGGAGAAUGUGCGGGACCUGAUGAACGGCGCGGUCUUUCACGAGGAUCAUGACGAGCUUGUCAUUGUUAAAGAUAUCGAUGUUUUCUCGCUAUGCGAGCACCACAUGGUUCCCUUCACCGGAAAGAUGCAUAUCGGAUACAUCCCUGAUCGUCGUGUGCUUGGUCUCUCCAAGUUAGCUCGCCUGGCGGAGAUGUUCUCCCGCAGACUGCAGGUUCAGGAGCGCCUGACCAAGCAAGUUGCGCUGGCUAUUUCCGAAGUCCUGAAGCCCCGUGGCGUCGGUGUCGUCAUGGAGUCUUCCCACCUUUGCAUGGUGAUGCGCGGUGUGCAGAAGGUUAGCAGCACCACAACCACUAGCUGUAUGCUUGGAUGCAUGCGAUCCAGCGCCAAGACCCGUGAAGAGUUCUUGACCCUGCUGAACCGCAGAUAAUGA